AUGCCGCCUAACCGCGCACCCGACGCCCUCAAUGGCGUCCUUAUCGGCCUUCUGUCGUCACUCGGGUCCGCCGUGCUGAUAGGUCUCAUCUUCGUCAUCAUCUAUUUCUUCAAAUACACAAACUCCGGCCGCAUCUUGCUCGACCGCAUCGGAAGGCCCGGUGAAUACGAUGACGAGCAGGCAUUCGCCAAGGAGGAGGCCGAGGCGCUGGAGGUCAUGGAUGACAUGCAACGGACGGAGUAUCUGAGAGCCAAAGCAUUCGUCACCGCCAACCCCCCCGAGUCUGUCCAAACCGAUAUUUCCCUUUCGCAGUAUCUGGCCAUACAAGAAAAGGGUGUUUCAGCAUGGGAGUUCGAGCCGGAACUCGAGAUCGCCAACUGCUUCGUCGAGGGCCGCACAGAGAUAGAGUUCUUCGACUCCGAAUGUACUGUCAUGACGAACCUGCCCGUGCCGAAGCAGAACGAGGUAUAUUAUUGGGAGGCCAAGGUGUACGAGAAACCCGAGGCGACCCUCGUUGCUAUCGGCAUGGCUACCAAGCCCUAUCCGCUCUUCAGGCUACCAGGCUUCCACAAGCACUCGGCUGCCUAUUUCUCAAACGGCUUCAGGCGUCUCAACCAGCCCUUCAACCAUACACCUUACGGGCCACAGAUUGUCCAAGGCGAUGUCAUUGGUUGCGGGUACCGUCCGCGAACAGGUUGCAUUUUCUUCACUCGUAACGGCAAGAAGCUGGACGAUGUAUGCCACGGGAUGAAGAACCAGAAUUUCUUCCCAGCCGUCGGCGCCAACGGACCCGCAACUGUCCACGUCAACUUCGGCCAGGCUGGAUUCGUUUUCAUCGAAGCCAAUGUGAAGAAAUGGGGUCUCGCACCCAUGACGGGGUCGCUGGCACCCCCACCCCCGUAUGGUUCCGAAGCCGGCAGCAUCCUGCUGGAGGCUGGCAGGAAAGACAGUUAUACUGGGUCGCAAGCCCAGGGUCAGGGCAACAACCCAUCGGUUCAGACAUAUUUCAGACCACACCAUCAGUCGGGUCUUGAGCCACAACACGGUCAUGGCCGAACACGGUCUGGAAACUUUAGGCUGGUGCCCAACGAUGACGGCGGCGAGCCUAGCAGUGCUGCUGCCGGCACUGCUGGUGGAACCACGACGCAUUCCGCGGCCGGGCUGGGCCUACAGGAGCCGAACCAACCGCCCCCUGACUACAGCAGCCCCCCAUCAUCGGAUGCUGGGAGCCGACGCAAUAGUUCUGAAAGCGAGCACACACCCUUGAUACGAAUUUCGAGAAGCAGAGGAGCAUCGUCCGUGACUGUGACGCCGCGCAGCAGGAGCAACACGGCCCAGGCCGAGGGGCCUCCGAUCCCAAGUUACAGCGAUGCUCUGCGACAGGGAGCCGGACGUGAUCGAAGCGACAGCGCCAGAUCCGCGCGAUAA